AUGCUGCCAGAAGGCGCCAACAACGAUGCGGAAGAAAUCCGUUUGGAUGAGGACACUGAUCUUCCGGAGGCCGCAAAGCCCGCAGUGCAGAAAAGAGACUUGUUCCGUAAACAGGAGGCCGGAAGCGGCAUCUUGUCGUUGCUGAACUUGCGAUAUAUCUUCAACUGGGUCGGCCCUGGAGGUCAUGCUGCUCAGUACUCCGUGGGCGAGUUGGAGAGCAAGAUCUACGACAACAGGCACCACAACAGCGAGGGAGAGCUCUUGUUGCCAUUGUCGAUCUUGUCGCGCGAUGCGACUACCUCACAGGCCGCUGGGCGCAAGAUCUUGCAUUUCACGGACUGGAAGGCCAGGCUGGCUUCGCAGGUUUGCCUCGUGGUUGUGCUCAUUUCCUGCAUCAUCACGCCCCUCACUUUCAUCUGGGGUGGCAGCUGGGCGGAUCCAAAAUGGGUGCCCGGAGGGAGGACUACGAUGAUUCUGGAUUUGUGUUGUGAUUUGGGCUACCUUGCAUACUUGGUUCUGGAACUGAAGAUGUCAUUCAUGCAUCCUUCCCGAAGGGUAGAAGUCGUGGAUCAAUCCAAGAUUUUGGAGUUCAGGCUCAGAAGCACAACUUAUGUCAUGCGGGCGUUCAGUGCCACCACAUACUUGUGGAUAAUUAUCUUCAAUGCCAGCUUGCUUCUCAAUCUCACAAAGCUUGUGCGGAUCUAUCAUUUUGUGCGCCUGCCAGAUCCUCUUUGGCUUAUGUGGGACAAUGGCGUCCUCCGCGAGCUGAGGCCGCUAUUGCUUCUCUUCUGGUUAUCGCACUGGGUUGGCUGCCUGCUGGCUUGGGGUGGCGGAUACCGUGAGGCACUCUGGAAAUCAGGUGACGGCAGCCCGUUCGAGACCACCUUCAACGGGGUCGUGGUUCCUGGCUGGUUCUCUUUAUACUUCAUGGCAUUCGUCGAAGCCCUGUACAUGUUGACUGGAGCCUUGGACAACCCCCUCGGCGACGGAGGGAUCCGAGACAAGAACUUCGGCGCUCUGGUCAUGGUGGCUGUGUUCGGACCUGUUGGUUGCAUCAUCGUGGCCCACUUCAUUGCAGCUGUCGUGCGGGAACAGGAGCGGAAGUUCGCACUGGAUAUCCGACACGAGGAAAACCAGGCGUUUGUCAAGCGAGCCCUGGAGAACCUUAACGUCCCCAAGGAGCUGCAGCGCCGCGUCUUCAGUCUGCACCACUUCCAGAAGAUGAGCCAUGACUACGAGGCCUUCGAGCAGCUGUUCAAGAAUCACACGCUGUCAUCUCCAUUGGAGGACGCAAUUCGCGUCUACUUGUACCAGUCUGUGUUACGCUCGAGCUUCUUCAACAACAAGGAGCAUAGCUACAUUUUGGCUGUCGUCCGUGUUCUUGAAGACAAAGCCUUUCUUCCUGGUGACUAUGUGGUUCGCGUGGGUGAGGUAGCUGAUGAGAUGUACUUCAUCAGCAAGGGUGAGGUCUCCGUGCUCGUCGCGCAGGGAAAGUCCAAAGAAGUCGAGGAUGCCAUUCAGCUGCCCAUCAGGAAGAGGGAAGGAGACCACUUCGGUGAAGUCGCCCUCAUCAAGGGAAGUCUGCGGACUGCUUGGAUCAAAGCAGAGACGUACGUCGUGGCGUCUUGCCUGCGUCGAACCAGCAUCGAGCAGAUCUGGAAGUACUUUCCGCAAGAGAGGGAAUCUCUUCAGCGACAAGUGCUCCAGACUGUCAUGCGCGAUGCAGCGCGUCAGGCAACCAGCAUCCGCCAGAGUGUUGGAGGGUUUGCGGCUAACCCAGAGAGAAGCUCCGCGCCGUCGACAGGACUGGGCGCUGCUCCUGUCACUGCAACGGAUCCCCAGGAGGCCGCGUCCCUCGAUGCUACAAGCCUGGCCCGCAUCGAAAGGCUUUGCGAGUCGCUGCAAGCCGCGCAGCAGGAAAUGCUUAGCCGUCUGGAGGACUUAGAGAUUGAAGGCAAGCACCUGAAGGCAGGCAAGCAGAAGACACUGCCCCAGGAAGCUUCAGAAGUGGAGGCACUCCAACAGCUUCUCAGAGGUCUGGCCAGGCUGUUGCUGUUGCUCCUACCGCUCUUCCAGGUCAAGGAAACAAUCAGCAAGGUCCUUUGGGUUCUGCAGCUGCCAGUGAAAUUGGAAGGCCUGCUCUUACGAGAGGUCCUGAUACUUCUUGGACCCUUCCUGGAUGCCAACAACCUGCAGGUGGCCGGUGGAGGCGCUGGCAGCGAGGAGGAGCCCGCCUGCCUUGAGGAGGUCUACGUUCGCCUGUUUGCAGAGCUGCGGAAGGGUCUGGAGCCGCUUCGAAGUGCCAGACCCGCAACACAGGUACUCAUCCUCCCGUCUCUGGAGGAGGCCGUCAACUUUCACCCGCUCCCACAGCCGCCAUUGGAUAUCAUGCUCUCACAAUGGUUGGAGCAAGAAGCCACAGACCUGGUGCACUUGCAGCAGAUGGGAGUGCGCUUCCUGUCGAAUCCUGCCCAUAUUGAGAUCAAUGGCAUCAAGGUGAGCCUGACCUCCGCGGAUGCACUCAGUCCACUACUUCGUGAAAUGGUGCUGCGUCCAGAAGGUCGAAAAGUUGAGGAGGCACUGCGCCUGCUGUUACAGCAGAGAUGCCUGUUUCCAGUUGUACCUCGAGACCCAGCUCAGGUGUUUGAAGCCAAAGCACAAGCUUUGGAUUUCCCCUGGGAUGGUGCUCCGCAAAUCUGUAUCUUCCCAUCUCCGCUGGCCAUCAUGAAUGGGACCACGAUCGAGAACACACUCUUCGUGAACCCCGGAUCCUUGUGCCGACAGGCUGCCCCGGGCUCCUUCGCUGAGUUCUGGAUCCAGCCAUCCGACGGUGCUUCAACAACGAAGGAUCGAGUACACCUGGAUGUGAAGAAGCUAGGUUAG